AUGUCGAUUAAACUUGUAUUCCUUACUUUUACUUGUUUCGUCUUGAAUCUUCUCGCAAAUGGACAUGUGAUUCAGCACGGGACGAUUGAAGAUCUGUUACUGACAAAUCAUGGAUUUGAUUUAGAGAAUGUUCCAGUCAACGAUAACAUAACGUAUUAUUCUUAUCAUAUUCAUGUAUACUUUUUACAAAAGAAUGAAAACCAAACGAACGAAGCCACUGCAUUACGAAAUCGCUUUAUCGAACGAUUUAACGUUGAUAACUGCAACGAUGAUUGCGAAACUUGGUGUCCGAAAAUUUGCCAUUGGGACUUAAACAUGGCACCUAUUGGACCUCAUCCAAUUGGUUCUUGGGGAAUUUAUUUACCAUUAGAACAAUUCAUCGAUGCGGUAUCAUUUAUCUCAAUCAAUCAUGGCAACCUAACUGUUCUUCUACAUCCUAAUUCUGGCCGUCCAAAGAUCGAUCAUCUUCUGAAUGCUUUUUGGAUUAAAUCCAUUUUACCACUUGAUGGCGAUCAAUUGAGUGACAUCGCACCACCACCACCACACCGAAACUGA